GUGUUUACAUGCUGUGCAUGUUAUAUUUACAAGAAAGAUUCAACCGGAAUCACACGAAAAUGAAGCUUAUCGCCCGAUUUGUUGUGAUAAUAACCCUCACCGGCAGUGUGUUUUGCUCGAAAUUAUGGCAGGAAAGUAGCAUAGAAUCGAACGUGACGAGUUCUAGUAGUCGCCAGGGUCGAGUGUUUCCAUUCUGGUCCAUUGGACGAAUUGCCAAUUCGGUAUGUACGGGAACGAAUGGACUAACUGGAACAUGUCAGAUUCGUGGUGAAUGUGCCGCCAAUGGAGGUUUGGCGUCUGGAAGUUGUACCACACUAACCACUCAAGCAGUUUGUUGUACUUUCAUUACUAGUUGUGGUACUUCAACGUCUCAAAAUGUAACGUAUUUCACAAACACUGGUUAUCCUUCACCAUUCAAUGGAGGUGGAACAUGCACAAUAACAGUAGUUCCACCGGAUACAACCGUAUGUCAAUUGAGGGUCGAUUUCACUACAUUAACCUUAGCACAACCGAGCGGCGAUGGAGUGUGCAAUGUAGACAAUGUUCAAAUUAGUGGAGGAGCCUCUUCAGUUCCUGUAAUCUGUGGCGACAAUAACGGGCAGCAUGUUUACGUAGCUUUCAAUGGAAUUGCUUCGAUCAGAAUAACGGUUUCAACGACCGCAGCAACGGCUUUCAAUCGGUUUUGGCUUAUGCAACUUAGCAUGAUAUCCUGUACGAGUCAAUAUCAGGCACCUGCUGGAUGUCUUCAGUAUUUUUUCCCCAAUACUGGGAUUAUUUCUAGUUUCAACUACGGAUCCGCUGCUAAUCCGGCUUUAAACAGUUUGGGGAUGAUUGGAACACGGCAACUGGCCAACUCUAACUAUGGCAUAUGUAUUCGAGCCAACGCCGGAAAUUGUGCAAUAACGUACGCUUUGCCUACAGGUGAUUCGUUCGCGUUUACCAUGUCAAAUGACGCUACUGCAGUUACUGCCGCCAUGCUUGGAACUGCAGCGGUGGGAGCUUCGGGUGCAGCGUGUACAACGGACUAUUUGAUUAUUCCUAACCCCACCGGUUUAACGGCUGAUCGAUUUUGUGGUCUAGGAUUAGCAUCCACUCAAAGUGCAACUACGCCAUUUGUUGUGUAUUACGUUACGAGUGCCAACGACGCAGGUGAUGUGGCGAACCGAGGUUUUCGCUUGACGUACACUCAGAAUGCAUGUGCUGUAGCUACAGGAAAAUAAAGACUUACA